CCGACCCCAGGACGUACACAUGUGGACCAGCUGGGAGACAAAGUGACGCGAAGAGAUUGUACGUAUAAAAACAGCCAGACAGACAAACAAACAAACAGACAAACAAACAAGGACAACAACAAGUCUGCACAAGCGUAUCUAUACAACAAGCAAGUCUAUCACGCCGAUAUUGUGAUGUCGUGGUCAUUGAGUGAUUCUGAUUCUGAUGAAUCCACCAGUCUGACUCUCCCUGGAGAAAGGAAAGAUGAAGAAAGAGGUGACUGUGCUGGAGAGAGCAGCAGGACAGGACAGGGGGAGGACAAUAGUGGUGGUCAGGCCGGGCCAUCAGGAUUAGGAGAAACAGGACGUCAUGAAGGAAAACAGAAGAGAAAUACUGAGAAAGACCGAAGGCCGGCGUGUAAGUAUGGGAGGCAGUGUUACAGGAAGAACCUCCACCUUCGGGAGUACAGACAUCCAGGGGACUCGUCAUCUGAUGAUGAAAACUCCUCCCCACCUCACAAAAAGCUCAAAACAGGGUCCCCUUCUGCUGCUUCAUCGUCAUCAUCAUCGUCAGCACAAACAGCAGACCCUGGCCCAUACACCUUCUUCCUGACCAAAGUCUCUGGCAUCGCUGCAAGGUUUAAUCAGACUGGAGCCCUGCACAUUGCAGAUAUAUUGGCAGCAGAGAAGGGAGAGCUGGUGGCCUCAGCUCAGUUUAACUACAUGAUUGACAUUCCCUGGCUCAUGCAGCAGUAUCCACAGGAAGCAAGGGGGAAACCUUUACUGAUUGUACAUGGAGACAGUGGGCUGUCUAAAGUCAAGCUGCAGGAGGAUGCACACCACUUCUCCAACAUUCAGCUCUGUCAGGCUCGACUUGAAAUCAUGUAUGGAACGCAUCACAGUAAGAUGAUGUUUCUCCUAUACGAGGACAGUCUUCGUAUAGUCAUCCACACCGCCAACCUCAUCCAACAAGACUGGCACCAGAAAACUCAAGGGGUUUGGUUAAGUCCUCGUUUCCCCAAACUACCCGAGGGCUCUGCCCCUUCCAGCGGAGACUCCUUAACAAACUUCAAGGCAGACCUGCUGGCAUACCUGGCCGCCUACAGAAAGCCUGCCCUUGAAGAGUGGAGAAAGCACAUACAGAAGCAUGACAUGUCAGAGGCAAGGGUUCAUAUUGUGGCCUCUGUACCAGGGCGACAUCAGGGAGGAAAUAAAAACCAGUGGGGUCACCUGAAACUGAGACAGGUGUUUCAAGCACGAGGUCCACCAGCAGACCUGGUGAAAGGUUGGCCAGUGGUUGGACAGUUCUCCAGUAUUGGGUCCCUCGGUGCUGAUGCCCAGAAAUGGCUGUGUGGGGAAUGGCUGGCAAGUCUGGCCACAGUCAGGGGAAAACCAAGCCUUACACUGGGCAGCAGACAACCCCAGCUGCAGCUGAUUUACCCAAGUGUGAACAAUGUUAGAAGCAGUCUGGAAGGAUACCCUGCUGGUGGGUCACUACCUUACAGCAUCAACACUGCCAGGAAGCAGCCAUACCUGAACAAGUUCUUGCACCAGUGGAGUGCCAGUGCACGAGGUAGGACGAGAGCUUCACCGCACAUCAAAACCUACACCAGAACAUCUCCUGACUGUGACAGACUGGCCUGGUUCCUGGUCACCAGUGCUAACUUAUCGAAGGCAGCCUGGGGUGCCCUGGAGAAAAACGGUGCUCAGCUGAUGAUCAGGUCCUAUGAGAUUGGAGUCCUUUUCCUGCCUCAGGACUUUGGUGAGAACACAACAUUUGCUGUGCACACACCUAGCCCUGUACCCUUCCCCAUCCCGUAUGACCUACCACCACUACCUUACGGCACCAAUGACCAACCUUGGGUUGUGGAUAUUCCAUAUGUCAACAAACCUGACAGCCAUGGAUGUAUCUGGCAACCUUCAUAAUCAGGAAUUGGACAGAGGAUUGCAUCAUUCAGUCAACAAUGUAGAAACAAGGGACUACACCCUCAACCCCCCCUCCCCGUACAUGUAUACAGUACAUCUGAUCUGUCAAGUCUGUACUUGUAAACAGGAGUACACCUGUCAACUGUAAAGGAGUUGGAUUUUGAUACAUCAAUCAAGUUUUAAUCAAAGUAGGGGUACAUGUAUAUCUAUCAACAAUGCUGACCGUAAAGUAAGGCACAGAAAAUAUGGGGAAAUGGGUACAUCUAUCUGUUACGUUUCUUGGCCAAUAGUUUGAAAAACCUAUUACGUCUGUUGAUGAUUAAGGAGAAAUGGUAUGUAUCUAUCAACCAGCUUGAUCAUGCUGUUACAAAUGUAGGGUUGGUAGUUGCUAAGUUAUUCUGUCAACAGUUGUUGAACAUUGUAUUGUUCUUGUCUUGAAUUGCCAACCAAACUGUUACAAAAAUUACUAGUAAAAGCGGACCUUAUUCUGUGCCUGUAUAUGAAUUUUUUAAAUCUACAGAUUGGAUGAAGAAUAAACACCAGUUGAUUUUC